GCUGCUCACUUCCUAGGUCCGAUCCCUGGGUUACUCGCUGGAUAUCGGAAAAGAACAUGUAAGUCUCAUCGACGAGAAGCUGGAGAAGUUGAUAUUAUAGCAGCCAUCUUGAUUCCAAAGAACUGGAUAGGUAAUUCUCUGACAACACAUUGCUCCGAAGUGCUCUACUAUUAUGACGCGUUGAGCCAACUGCGUUCUCCUGUUCUCACUUCUCAGGUUGGCAGUUGUUGCAAUGGCUGGACUGGCUGCAGAGAGAGUCUGCAGUAUGACAAAUGCCAGUUGUAGAGACGACUAGGCUGCACACUUGCAAUAGCAACUUAAGAUUUACCUACUUUGGCCUGUAGAGGUUCUCAGACAGGACUAAGCCAAAUCUGAGCAAAGAUCAGCAACAAAAUCUCACCAGAUGGGCAG